AUGGCAGCUCCAGAAAACACUGGCAAUAACUUCAAUAUGAAUCUCACAGAGAACACAAUCAUUUGUUACUCGCCAACCAUGAUUACGACCAAUGGAAUCUGGCAAGGUGAUAACCCUUUGGAUUACUCGCUUCCUCUCUUCAUCUUGCAGCUGACGCUCGUGGUUGUCAUUACUCGUAUUCUCUUCGUCCUUCUCAAACCCCUACGCCAGCCCAAAGUCAUCUCUGAGAUCCUUGGAGGUAUUAUUUUGGGUCCAUCGGUUCUGGGACGGUAUCCGAAUUUUGCCGACAGUGUUUUCCCCUUGAGGAGUGUGAUGAUGCUGGAGACAAUGGCAAACGUGGGGCUUCUCUACUUCUUGUUCUUGGUUGGGGUAGAGAUGGAUCUGUCGGUGAUCAAGCGCACCGGAAAGAAGGCGAUGACCAUUUCUCUGGCUGGUAUGGUCCUGCCAUUCAUCAUUGGGGCUGUUUUCUCAAUAUUCUUCUACAAGGAAAAAGACAGCAUGGAGCAAGGAACCUUUAUGCUGUUUCUAGGAGUUGCUCUCUCUGCAACAGCAUUCCCAGUGCUAGCCCGAAUUCUUGCAGAAAUCAAACUACUUAACACAGAGCUCGGGAAGUUGGCCAUGUCUGCAUCCAUCAUCAAUGACAUAACUGCAUGGAUAUUGCUUGCAUUGGGCAUUGCCCUGUCCGAGAAUGAUUCGACCACCCUAAUCUCCCUAUGGGUGAUUCUCUCAACCUCUGCCUUCAUUGCGUUCUGCAUCUUUGUCAUUAGGCCCAUAAUUGAAUGGAUGAUAAGAAAGAACCCAGAGGGUGAGAGCGUCAAGGAUAGUCACAUCUGCAUCAUCCUCACGGGUGUGAUGUUGUGUGGAUUCAUCACCGAUGCCAUUGGCGUCCACUCCCUCUUUGGCGCCUUUGUCUUUGGCCUUGUUAUACCAAACGGACCACUUGGAGCUGCCCUCAUUGAGAAACUCGAGGAUUUUGUCUCAGGGCUGCUUCUCCCCCUCUUCUUUGCCAUUAGUGGGCUGAGAACAGAUUUUUGGAGCAUCAACGGGUUUGGCACCUGGGGACCCUUAGGAAUCCUUAUUAUCUUGUCAUGUAUUGGCAAGGUGGUGGGCACAACACUCGUUGGUCUCUUCUUUCAGAUGCCAAUAAGGGAAGGCAUUAGUCUUGGAAUGCUCAUGAAUACCAAGGGCCUCGUUGAAUUGAUCGUCCUCAAUGUUGGCAGGGACCAAAAGGUUUUGAGUGACGAUGUAUUUGCUGUAAUGGUGAUCAUGGCGGUGAUUAUAACGAGCAUCAUUUCUCCAGUUGUAACUUCCAUUUACAAACCUGCAAAGCGAAUCAUAUCAUACAAGCGUAGAACAGUUCAAAAGUCGAAGCCUGAUGGAGAGUUCCGUAUGUUGACUUGCGUUCACAAUCCGCGUAGUAUCCCAACCAUGAUCAAUCUCCUUGAAGUUACUCAUCCCACAAGAAGAUCCCCAGUUUGUGUGUAUGCUCUCCAUCUUGUCGAGCUCACUGGUCGAGCCUCCGCCAUGUUGAUCGUCCACAACACUCGCCAGUCUGGCCACCCUGCUCUCAAUCGUACCCAAGCUCAAACCGAUCACAUAAUCACUGCUUUCGAAAACUUUGAGCAGAAAAACUCAGGCGUUUCUGUCCAACCUCUCACUGUUAUCUCUCCCUACUCAAGCAUGCAUGAGGAUAUAUGUGAGAUUGCUGAGGACAAGCGAGUGGCGUUAAUUAUCGUCCCUUUCCACAAGCAACAAACAGUUGACGGUGGCAUGGAGGCCUCAAACCCUGCAUUCCGAACUAUAAAUCAGAAUGUCUUAGCCAAUGCUCCCUGCUCUGUUGGCAUCCUUGUUGAUCGAGGCUUUUCUGGGUCUACAAAGUCGGCAUCCGGCCAAACCGCCCACAACAUUGCCGUGCUCUUCUUUGGCGGACCGGAUGAUCGAGAGGCAUUGGCAUAUGCACGCAGGAUGGCCGAGCACCCUGCUGUUAACUUGACAGUGGUGCGCUUCGUUCCAGGGGAAGAGGCAACCGACGCCGUGGUGCAAUCUUACACCGACGAUCAAGGCUCUAGCAUCCUAACAGUGUUCACAGAAAACGAUAAAGAGAAAAAGCUCGACGAUGAAUAUAUACACGAGUUUAAGACGAAGGUUACCGGUGACGAGUCAAUCACAUACAUAGAGAAGAUUGUGAAUAAUGGAGAGGAGACGGUGGCGUUAAUACGAUCCAUGGGUAACGCCUAUGACUUAUACAUCGUUGGGAGAGGACAAGGCAUCGUAUCGCCUCUAACAGCUGGUCUCACAGACUGGAGUGAGUGCCCAGAGCUGGGGGCCAUUGGAGAUUUGUUGGCCUCGUCGGACUUCGGAGUAACAGUGUCCGUGCUUGUAGUGCAGCAAUAUGUGGGUGGAGGAGCUCAGGUAGAUGGACCCGAUACCCCAUCUCAUAAUAAGGUUGAUCGAUACAGUUUUAAGUCCAUGAACAGAUCGGUAAUUAUGGAGGUAUAG